AUGUCACCACGUGAACUUGGGUUCAUUGGUCUGGGUGUUAUGGGAUAUCCCAUGGCCCUCAACCUGUUAAAUAGACUUGAAACGGGAUCAAGUCUGCAUGUGUACGAUGUGUCUAGCCAAGUUCUGGACGAGUUCAAACAAGAAGCUCCCAACCUGGUCUCCAUUUGUUCGAGCGCGCGUGACGUUGCGGAAAGAUCGGAUGUCCUUUUCACAAUUGUUCCGGAAGGAAAGCACGUACGGGCAGUUUACCUUGACGAAGACAACGGAGUGUUAUCUGCGGCAGUGGACAAUAAGAUAUUGAUUGACUGUUCCACCAUUGACACAACAACUUCAAUUGACGUCAACGACGCCCUACAGAGGAAAUCUACAACAACAUCCUUCUACGAUGCUCCUGAUGACCCCAAGCUUCCACUAUUGGAAGAGCUGCUAGGCGCCAUGGGGUCGUCUAUCUUCCCUUGUGGCGGAUUCUCCCUUGGUUUGACCGCAAAACUCUGCAAUAAUUAUUGCUCCGGUCUUAUCGCCAUUGCUACAGCGGAAGCAUUAAAUAUCGGCAUCAAGUCGGGGAUGGACCCAUCGAUGCUGGCCAGGGCCUUCACGACAAGCACGGCACAGAGCACGAUCAACGACAAGUGGAACCCUGUACCAGGAGUUUGCCCAAACGCCCCGGCUAGCAAGGACUAUCAGGGUGGAUUCAAGGUGCAGUUGAUGAAAAAGGAUUUCAACCUUGCGGUUGAGACGGCCAAAAGAGUUGGAGCUCAGCUGCGUCUUGGGGAGUCCGGACUGGCUGUGUAUAAUGAGGCGAGCGAGGAUGUGGCUUGUCGAGAUCGAGAUUCACGAGUCGUAUUUCGUUAUAUUGGUGGCGUCGAGGAUUGGAAGGAGAAACUAGGAUUAUCAGAGUAG